CGGAAAGGGCCGAGAGCUUAAAGCCACGGCCUGCGACAUCCCACCGACGUCCGCUGCUCCUCGCUGAAGCAUUGAAUCUCUCCCCAACCUCCCGCGGGCAGCUGGGUCCCCGUAUUGUAUUUGUGUGGCAAUCGGCUGCUGUAUCAUCCAGCCCUUCCUUGCAAGUGCCUUGUCGCCAGCUUGUCUCCCGGCAGGGGUCAUCACACCCGCCCUCCAUCCCCAUCUGCCUAAACCCCACCGCCUCCUCCAGCAUGGAGGCCGCAUCGGCGCGCUACGCCGCGCGAGACCGCUUCGCCUAUCCCACCGAGCCCGCGGCCACGCCUCUCCAACGCUACAUCCAAAAUGCCUGCUCGCCCGAGAACUUCGAGCCCAACCUCGCCCUCUGCCUCGAGAUAGCAGACCUGAUCAAUGCCAAAAAGGGCAACGCCCCGCGCGAGGCCGCCAUCUCCAUCGUCGGCUACAUCAACCACCGCAACCCCAACGUCAGCCUGCUCGCGCUGGGCCUGCUGGACAUUUGCGUCAAGAACUGCGGCUACCCUUUCCAGCUGCAAAUCUCCACCAAGGAGUUCCUCAAUGAGCUGGUGCGUCGGUUCCCGGAGCGGCCGCCGUUGCGCACGACGCGGGUGCAGAAUCGCAUUCUGGAGUGCAUUGAGGAGUGGCGGCGGACGAUCUGCGAGACCAGCAAGUACAAGGAGGAUCUCGGCUUUAUCCGGGAUAUGCAUCGUUUGCUGUCCUACAAGGGUUAUACGUUUCCGGAGAUCAAGAGGGAGGAUGCGGCGGUGCUGAAUUCGAGUGAUGGGCUGCAGAGUGCGGAAGAGAUGGAGGCGGAGGAGCGGGCGGCGCAGAGCGCCAAGUUGCAGGAGCUGAUACGGAGGGGCACGCCGCAUGACUUGCAGGAGGCCAACAAACUGAUGAAGGUCAUGGCUGGCUACGACACGAGACACAAGACUGAUUAUCGCGCGAAGGCGGCGGAGGAAGUCGGCCGUAUUCAGCAGAAAGCUAAGCUGCUGGAGGAGAUGCUUCAGGGUUACCAGGCUGGGGAUGAGAUCAAGGAGGGCGAUGUGUACGAGGAAUUGGCCAGCGCUCUGGCCUCUGCGCACCCUAAGAUUCAAAGGAUGUGUGAGGAGGAGAGUGAAGACACGGAGGCUGUUGCGAAGCUGUUCGAAAUCAACGACAGCAUACACCGGACCGUGGAGAGGUACAAGCUCUUCAAGAAGGGCGACAUUGAGGGGGCGAACGCCAUCCCCAAGGGCACACUUGGUGUCAGUGGUGCGGGAGUGAAGACGGGUCCCGGGAACGAGCUCUCCUUGAUUGACUUCGGAGGACCCGACGAUGUUGCUCUCACUCCCACCCAGAGCGCAACAUCCGAGCAACAGAAGCCAAAGGGCAGCGCGCUAGAGGACGAUCUACUAGGCCUGAACAUGGGCGAUGGCAACUACGGCCAGGGCGGCGGCAUAUCGCUGGGAAGCAGCAGCGGUCCCUCCAACGGCGUAGCACCAAAGAGCACCGCGGACAUCAUGGCGCAGUUCUCCCAAACACAACGCCCUGCCGCUCCCGCGAACCCGAUCUUCGCCUCUCCGCAAGUGAUGCAACAGCAAUCGCCGUCCAUCCCGCAAGCAUCGAAGCCGCCAAGCGGCGAUCUCAUCGGCUCGACCUCGCAGUCUGCUUCCACUUCAACAACACCCGUUCCGCCCGCAUCACUACUCGCCCAGCGGCAUCAGCAAGGCAAAAAGUCCGACCCGUUCGCAUCCCUCUCCUCCGCCACUCCUCCCCGCCAAGCGUCCCCAGCCAACUUCCAGCAGAGCGUCCUCCCCGACAAAUCCGCCACCCCGACUCCCCUCACCAAAUGGCCCACCCCUCCGCGCGUAGAGCGCGCAUCAACCUUUGACCUCCUAGGCAUGGGCAACGGCCAGGUGCCUCCAACCGUAUCCGCGCAGCGCGCCCCCGCAGCGCCAGCGGAGAAGAAAGCAGACGACGACGAAUGGACAUUCAGCUCCGCCUUGCCAGACCAACCGGCCGAGAUUGUCGUCAUGAACUCCAGCAUUCGGACCGUGUUCACCGUCACGCGCCUCAGCGAGUCGGAGCUGGAGAUGCGCAGUCGCAUUUCGAACGCUACUGCUUCGGCGAUUGAGGGCUUGACGUUUCAGCUUGCUGUUACUAAGGGCUACACACUCCAUCUCCAACCCCAAUCUGGCCGUGUCCUCGGCCCCAAUCAGCAAAAUGGCAUUACGCAGACGAUCCGCUUGGAAGGCGUGGAGAGGGGGAAGGGCAUGAGUGUCAAGAUGCGGUACCGGGCGAGCUAUAGCCUGGGCGGGACGGUGACGAACGAGCAAGGGGAGAUUGUGGGCUUGGGGGUUCCGUGAGGGUGGAGCGGAGAUCUAUAGAUAGCGGUUGAAUGAAUCUUUCAUGAUGAGA